CUUAGAAUUCAAGAUAGAUGUUCAAAGAAACUAAAAGAUUGCAUUAUUGCGUUAUUGAUUGGGUUGUUUAUAAAUUUACAUUAUUUACAGAAAGAAUGGAUUUAGAUACGUUGUAUAAAAAUAGAGAACUUAUAAGGGAAAUUGCCAAGAAUUGCAGAAAUGAAAAAUAUGAAAACAUUCAGCUCGUCUGCCCAGAUGGAGUGCUGGCCCUGAACAAACUUAUAGUUUUCCUCAUACUUCCAGAACUAUCAGGAGUAGAAUCACAGACUGACGAUUUAAUUCUUCUCCCUGAAGUUUCUAUUCAGGAUGUUCAUAAUCGUAUCCGCAUUUUCUUUGAGAGUGUCAACCUGGAAAUGGAGCAAAAGAUCCAGGUUGCGGAAACGAACCGUAUGGUCUACUUGCAAUCUUUGUCAGUCUCAGCUGUGGAGAGGGUCAUUGAUGAAGAAGUUUUUAAAGGGGAAAUUUUCCUCGAAGAUGGAAUUCCUACUUAUUCCGCCCCCGGAUCUUUUUCCGCCCCUGGAUCUUCUGGGUAUGCUGGUCCCUCCAGGCAUACUAGUACUUCUAUGCAUUCCGAGCAUGUUUAUUCUGAACAAGAUCUUUCUUCCAAAUACGCUGGUCCUUCCACUCCUCCUGGCCCAGCAGAGCAGGCUGAUUUUUCUGAUCACGUGGUUCAAGACAUUCUACAUAAUUCUGUUCACAGCCAGUCAGCCGGUGUACCAGAUACCUCAACAGUUGAGCAUCAUAAAAAUAAAUGUGAUAUAUGUGGAAACACGUUCAAGAAUAAUUAUACACUAAAACGACACAGAGAGAGCAAGCAUGAAAUGAUACAAAAACCCUGCCAGCAUUGUGGAAAGCUUUUUACCAAAGAAAAUUUAAUCCAACAUAUGAAACUUCAUUCUGAGAAACGCUUAACCUGUGAUGUAUGUGAACGAGGAUAUACAAGAAUGAUUGAUUUAAAUAAUCACAAGAAGACUCACGGAGAAGCCCGGGAUUUUCAGUGUGAUGUUUGCAAGAAAGGAUUCCAUACAUCAGGACUGCUCAAGAAGCAUUUAAAGAUUCAUCUAGAGAGAAAAUAUGGCUGUGACGAGUGCGGCAGAUGUUUUGUUUCCGCGUUUAAGCUGAAAAGACACAUAGAGGCACAUGAUGGUCUCAAACAUUAUCAGUGUAACUAUUGUGAUACUCUAUUUUCAAGAAUUGACAAUUUAAAGAAGCAUUUGAGAAAAACGCACGAGGUUUCUCUACCCGACUUGAGGACUGCAAAGUUCCAAGAGUAACUUUGAUACUGGAGCAACCAUAGUUCUACUAGCUUGAUAGGGAAGGGAGAAAACUCAGUUAAAUUUUAGCUUCAUAGAUUUAUUAAAAUGUAAACAAAAGUAAAUAUAUCUAUGCAAUGUUA